AUGCUCUCAGCGAACAGCGUUCCGGAUCUCUGCGCCAUCAGCUCGACCAGCGACGUGCUACGAGCAGACAGUCGAGUCGGAUUUGGGCGAUUUGGGUGGAAAAAUGAUGGAAGUCUGAUUCUAGCAAACAACAGGAUCUCGAGGAUCUCGGCGGAGCGGCUCAGUUCGCUGGUCGCUCUGGAGACGCUGGACCUUAGCAACAACAAUAUUAUGGAGGUUCGCGCCGGGGCUUUUCCUCCUCUUCCUCUGAAAAACCUGUUGAUGAAUAAUAACCGUAUUUCCACGCUGGAGCACGGCUGCUUCAGUAAUCUGUCCGGCUCGCUGCUGGUGUUAAAGCUCAACAAGAACCGGCUGAGCUCCAUCCCGCCCAAGAUCUUCCCUCUGCCGCGCCUGCAGCACCUAGAGCUGAGCAGGAACCGCGUGCGGCGCAUCGAGGGUCUGACGUUCCACGGGCUUCACGGCCUGCGCUCGCUGAAGAUCCAGAGGAACGGCAUCACGCGGCUCAUGGACGGCGCUUUCUGGGGUCUGAACAACAUGGAAGUCCUGCAGCUGGAGUACAAUAACCUGACGGAGGUGAGCAAAGGCUGGCUCUACGGCCUCCUGACGCUGCAGCAGCUGCAUCUGUCACACAACGCCUUCAGCCGCAUCAAACCCGACGCCUGGGAGUUCUGCCAGAAACUCGCUGAGCUCGAUCUGAGCUGGAACCAGUUGAGCCGCUUGGAGGAAGGCAGUUUCGUUGGACUUAGCGUCCUCGAGCAGCUCCACAUCGGAAACAACCGCAUCAGUUUCAUCGCUGACGGAGCGUUUCGCGGCCUCGCCAACCUGCAGGCGCUAGAUCUGAAGUAUAACGAGAUCUCAUGGACCAUCGAGGACAUGAACGGCCCUUUCUCUGCUCUCGACAAUCUGAGGAAACUGUUUCUCCAAGGCAAUCGUAUCCGAUCGGUCACCCGGAAGUCCUUCACAGGCCUGGACCUGCUGGAGCAGCUGGACUUGAGCAACAACGCCAUCAUGUCGGUUCAAGCCAACGCGUUCUCUCAGAUGAAGAAGCUGGCAGAGCUGCACCUGAACACGUCCAGCCUGCUGUGCGACUGCCAGCUCAAGUGGUUUUCUCCGUGGGUGGCCGAACAUGCCUUCCUUCCUCUGGUGAACGCCAGCUGCGCCCAUCCACAUCUGCUGAAGGGCAAAAGCGUCUUCGCCGUCGCCCAAGAAGAGUUUGUGUGCGAUGAUUUCCCCAAACCCCAGAUCACCGUGCAGCCCGAGACACAAUCAGCCAUCAAAGGCACCAACGUGACGUUCGUCUGCUCCGCGGCCAGCUCCAGCGACUCCCCGAUGACCUUCGCCUGGAAGAAAGACAACGAGAUCCUGAACGACGCCGAGAUCCAUAACCAGGCUCACCUGCGCUCUCAGGUCAGCGAGGUCACCGAGUACACGACCACACUGCAGCUGCGCCACGUGGAGUUCAGUAGUGAGGGCAGAUACCAGUGCGUCAUCUCCAACCACUUCGGCUCCUCGUACUCCACCAAAGCCAAACUCACCGUCCACAUGCUGCCGUUCUUCACCAAAGCCCCGAUGGACCUGACGAUCCGCGCCGGAGCCACCGCGCGCCUGGAGUGCGCCGCCAGCGGACACCCGUCUCCUCAGAUCGCCUGGCAGAAGGACGGAGGCACGGAUUUCCCUGCGGCCCGCGAGCGGCGGGUGCGCGUGAUGCCGGAUGGACGUCGUGUUGUUGGUCGUGUGUUGUUGAUGGUGGACGUGAAGACGGAGGGCUUCGGUGUUUAGAGCUGCGCUGGGGAGGUCUCUGCUGGCGCUGUGUUUGCUGAUGCUGGGUAAGAGGAUGCAUAGACGCCGUCGUUCCUGCGUCCGCUGCUGGACCGUGUGGUGGUGAAGGGCGAGACGGCGGUGCUGCAGUGUAUCGCGGGCGGCAGUCCUCCGCCUAGUCUAAUGUGGAAAAGAGGAGAGUGUUCUGUAGGUACCGAGCGACACUUCUUCGCCGCCGGGAAACCAGCUGUACUGAUCAUCGUGGACGCCGCGGACGGAGACGCAGGAACCUACACCUGCGAGAUGUCCAACCCGCUGGGCACGGAAGCGACCCCCCCCGGUGGGAACGUGCGUCUGGCCGUCCUGCCCAACCCAAACUGUGACUCGGGGGCCGGCGGGCAGCGGGGGGCUCUGGGGCCGGAGGAGGACGGCUGGACCACUGUGGGCAUCGUGAUCAUCGCUGUGGUGUGCUGCGUGGUGGGAACCUCGCUAGUGUGGGUCGUGGUCAUCUAUCACACGCGCCGACGCAACGAGGACUGCAGCGUCACCAACACAGAUGAGACGAAUCUCCCGCCGGACAUCCCGAGCUACCUGUCGUCUCAGGGAACGCUAGCAGAGCGUCAGGACGGGUACAUGGCGUCUGAGAGCGGCAGCAGCCAUCAGUACAUCAGCUCCUCCAUCGGGGGGUUUUACAUGCCGCACAAAGACAUCAACAGCCUCUGCCAGCUGGACACAGGAAGUGAGGCGGACAUGGAGGCGCUUUGGUGGCGGCGAUAGAGCCCCCUGCUGUGCCAUUAUCAAGGGCCGGUGUGGUUCACUGCUGAGACGGAGCCCCCGCUACAAGCGCCCGAUCUACACGACACCUUCAGCGUGACGUCAGAGCAGCGGCCCGUCGGAGCCACUUCCUCCUGCAGCAGGAAGCAUGAGUUCUACAAAAAAAAAAAAAACCUGCAGCUCCGCCCCCUCGAGCCCUGCGAUCACAUGAUGAUGCAGCUGGGAGGGACACUUCCUGUUGUGGAGGACUGUGAGAGAUGGAUGGAGGCAGAGUGCGUCCUGGGCUCCUCGGGAUCAUACGAUGGGUGA